CUUCACCUUCUCCAUGGAGUGCUAGGCAUUCAGAGUUCUUCUCAGAUAAACCCGUGCAACAGCUCCGACGUUGGACCUACCUAAUCGACCUAUCUGAUCCUCCCCUCUCACCCACCAUAGCUGUAACACCCUUAAAUCUCGAGAAGCAUAAUGGGUACUGCGGAGAACUACGAAGACAUUCUCAAGGGCAAGUACCCGGCCAAGGCACAUGCGAAGAAGGUCGCGGAAUGGAUUGUGGCGAAGGGUGGUGAUAAGACGGGGACUAUUUACUUGGAGGCGCAGAAGAGCAGGUUGCUUGAGGAUAACGAUGAACCUGCACCUUUCAGGCAGCGACGAUUCUUCUUCUACCUAAGCGGCUGCAAUCUUCCGGACUCGUAUCUGACCUAUGAUAUGGGUAGCUCCAAGCUAACCCUCUUCAUCCCACCGAUCGAGCCCGAUGAGGUGAUCUGGUCCGGCCUGCCGAUGACCGUUGAAGAAGCGAAAGAGAAGUACGACGUUGAUGAGGUGAAGACCACACAGGGCGUCAACUCCCAUCUGGCCUCCCCGCACGCCAGUGCCCAGUCCACCAUCUACGCUAUCCCAGAACAAAUCUCGGAUGACAUUACCUUCCUCUCAUACAAAGAAACCAACUUUGACCUCCUCAAGCCUGCGAUCGAGACUUGCCGUGUCACAAAAUCGCCCUACGAGAUUGCCUUAAUCCGGAAGGCGAACGCCAUCUCUACAGUCGCGCACGUCAACGUCAUGAAAGCCGCACCAAAGGCCAAGAACGAGACAGACUUUGAAGCGGUCUUCAUCAAGUCUUGCCUUGAGCGUAAUGCGAAGCACCAAGCAUACCAUUCCAUUGUCGCGGCUGGUGAGAAUGGUGCCACUCUCCACUAUGUCAAUAACGACGCACCUAUCACAAACCAGAACCUGCUGCUCCUGGAUGCCGGAUGCGAGAUCGACUGCUACUGCUCCGAUAUCACUCGCACCUACCCCAUCUCAGGGUCUUUCUCUGAGGAGAGUCUAGGCAUCUAUAAGAUCGUCCUCGAGAUGCAGCAUCAGUGCAUCGCGGCUCUUAAAGCCGGCGUCCUCUGGGAUGACGUACACGAACUCGCACACAAGAUCGCCAUUGAAGGCCUCCUCAAACUUGGUAUAUUGAAAGGCUCCGCCGAAGAGAUUCUAAAAUCCCGGACGAGCGUCGCGUUCUUUCCUCACGGUCUAGGACACUACUUGGGUAUGGAUACGCACGACACGGGCGGCAACCCCAACUACAAGGACACGGACUCCAUGUUCCGGUAUUUGCGAGUUAGGGGUCCGUUGCCGGCUGGUAGCGUCAUUACUGUGGAACCGGGCAUCUAUUUCUGUAGGUUCAUUAUCGAGCCAUAUCUUGAGAAUCCAGAGCAGGCGAAGUAUAUCGACAAGGGGGUACUAGAAAAGUACUGGAGCGUGGGUGGCGUUAGGAUCGAGGACAACAUCUUGAUUACAGAUUCGGGAUAUGAGAACCUGACACCGACACCGAAGGAGGUCGAUGAAGUGGUCAAUAUCAUCAAGUCUGGGUAAAGUGACGCCAAGGUGAGAUAGGAGCUGCUUGCACAACGCUCGUUGACAUUCGACGUCCUAUCAUUCGCACUGGCCAUUUGAGUCGAUUGCU